AUGUUAGGUGUUGAUGAGACUACAGUAACUUCAGGUGAAUUUAAUUCGUCUGCGAUUGCGGAAGCAGUAGGUUGUGUGGUCACAUAUAUUGUUAAUCUUUCUGUACUAAAUGAUGUGGGAGAGUAUUCAAUGGGCGAUAUUCGGCUUUCUGAAGGGGUUAGAGUUGAUAAAAUCGUGGAAUCUUCAAUUGGCAUUGUUAUGUCAUCUGAAGAACUGAUUGUUGAUGAUAUUAUUAAAGGAUCAAAUGAUGUGCCCCCGUUCAGUAAAAUAGGCAUCGAGUAUUCUGUCGGGAACAGAUUUGUUGAAGCUUCUGAAUUACGCAAAGAGGCAGAAUCAUCUAAUGACGAUGAAAUGCUAUUUGUGGUAGGAAAUGUUGAGGAUAAGUCAGUCGAUUCAAGGGAGGUGGAUUCGUUCGUUAAGGAAGAUUCCACUUCUGAGGCUAUGUUGUCUGAGGAGGGAGAUGCUGAAGAUAGGUCCGUAGAUUCCAAUGUGAUGCCUAUUGAACUUGCUGUGGUUGACGGCGUGCUGGAAUCUGAAAUUGUUGAGAAUAGGCUAAUUGAGUAUGGAGAUGUUGAAGAUUCAUCCGUCGAUUCCAGUGUGCUGAAUACGUUUGAUAUCAUUGAUGAGGAAUCUGAUGUCAUGGCAGGAACUUUUGAUCCUUCUGUACCUAAAAAUGUGCUUGAAUCUUCCAUUGUUGAGGAUAUGCUGUCUGAUGAAGGGGAUAUAGAAGAAACCUCUGUCGAUUUGAGUGCUGUGACUUCGUUUGAUGUUGCCGAUGAAGAGAAUGCUGAUGUGGAUAGAAGUGUUGAUUCUUCUGAACCUAACAAUGCACUGGAAUCUUCUAUUCUGGAAGCAUUAUUCUCUGAGGUUGAAGGUGUUGAUGAUACGUCUGUAGAUUCCAGUGUUGUGACUUUAUUUGAUAUUGCCGAUGAAGACUGA